AUGGACCCUGUUUCCUCCGGCGCGGACCCUACCACGCCGCUAGAAGCUUUCAACAAUGCUACCAUUGCGACGGGCGGAGACUCGAGGUUGUACAACCUCAAUGUCUUUUACGAUGCGGGCGAUAUCGCUUGGAUGAUUACGAGCACGGCGCUUGUGCUGCUUAUGAUUCCAGGUGUUGGCUUCUUUUACUCUGGUCUUGCGAGGAGAAAGUCUGCACUCUCGCUGCUAUGGCUCUCCGUCAUGGCGACCGCGGUCGUCAGCUUCCAGUGGUUUUUCUGGGGCUACUCGCUGGCCUUUUCGCAUACGGCGGGCAAGUAUAUCGGUAACUUGGAUAACUUUGGACUGAAGGAUGUCCUUGGUGCGCCGUCCGUUGGUAGCUCCAGAAUCCCGGAUCUGAUGUUCUGCGUGUAUCAGGGCAUGUUCGCCGCUAUCACCGUCGCCCUUGCUGUCGGUGCUGUGGCAGAGCGUGGUCGUAUGCUACCCUGCAUCAUCUACAUGUUCGUCUGGUCAACGCUCAUCUACGACCCCAUCGCCUGCUGGACCUGGAACUCGUCCGGCUGGGUCUUCCAAAUGGGUGGUCUUGACUUCGCUGGUGGCACGCCAGUGCAUAUUGCCUCCGGAACUGCUGCCUUGGCUUACUCGUACAUGCUUGGCAAGCGUAGCGGUCACGGCACCCAGGAGUUGAACUACCGCCCCCAUAACGUCACUCACAUCGUUGUUGGUACCGUGUUCCUUUGGGUUGGAUGGUUUGGCUUCAACGCAGGUUCAGCACUUGCUGCGAACUUGCGUGCGAUCAUGGCCGCCGUGUGCACCAACCUUGCUGCCUGUGUUGGAGGUAUCACAUGGUGCCUUGUUGACUACCGUCUGGAGCGCAAGUGGUCGACUGUUGGAUUCUGUUCCGGCGUGAUUGCUGGCUUGGUCGUCAUCACACCUGGAUCUGGGUACGUGCCUGCUUGGGCUGCCGUCGUCUUCGGUGCUGUGGGUGGUGUGGCUUGCAACUACGCUACCAAACUCAAGUACUUCCUUCGCUGCGAUGAUGCUCUUGACAUCUUCGCCGUCCACGGUGUUGGCGGGUUCAUCGGCAACAUCCUCACCGCCUUCUUUGCGGCUGACUACAUCGCUCACCUCGACGGUUACACAGUCAUCCCCGGAGGUUGGCUGAACCACAACUGGAUCCAGCUCGGCUACCAGCUCGCCGACUCCAUUACCGGCGGCGCAUACUCGUUUGUCGGAACAUGUCUAAUUCUUGGCGCGCUCGACUUCAUCGGCAAGUUUGUGCCUGCACUCCGUCUGCGCGCUACCGAGGAAGAGGAGGCCCUAGGUAUCGACGACGUCGAGAUUGGCGAAUUCGCGUACGACUACGUCGAGCUCACGCGAGAGCUCAAGGUUCCUGACGACGAGGUGGACGAGGGCAUGUCGACGCAUUCGCUGCAAGACCAUGGUGCUGGUAUGGCGAUCAGCAGCCAUCACGAGAAGAACCGGGGGUCGGUGGACUCUGCAAACCAGCUUGCUGACUGGGCUCAUCGCGCUUGA